AUGAAGAGGCCAAGUUCCUCUGUCAAUGCAGUGGAGGCUAAACGGGCUAAUCAAGCCAGCAAAAGGAAUCGAGAGACUUGUACCGUACUGGCAAGUAACUUGCCUUUGAACUACAAUUUUUCGAAAGUACGAAAACUAUUUGGAGCAUGCGGAGAGAUUGAGCACAUAGACUUGCAAAAAAGUGCUACCGGUGAUACCAGGAUAGCGCGAAUUGAAUUCAAAGAUUAUAACGAUGUUCUUACCGCUCUGACGAAGUCGCAUAAGUCUCUUGGCGGAAGGGAAAUAAUAGUUGUUCCAAUAGAAAAUUGUACAUUAUGGGUAACGAACUUCCCACCUAGUUUCGACGAAAACGAUCUUCGCCGCUUAUUUGGCGAAUCCGGUGGUACUGUUAUGAGUGUACGCUUGCCUUCGCUUAGGUACGACUCGCAUAGACGAUUUGCAUUCAUUGACAUGGCAUCGGAAAAUGAAGCUACCCAAGUCUUGAACCAACUCCAUGAUUCGUGUAUCGAAAAGUACAGACUUGUUGUAAAACUAUCACAACCUUCGAUGGCUGUCAAAAGGACGGAUUCAGCCCUGCUAGAGAAGAGACAAGUACUAGUAAAAAAUCUAAACCAGUUCAAGGUUAUUAAGCAGAGGAUUGAAGAAGAGUUCGGUCGUUUUGGAGAAAUAGAAAAGGUCACCAUUCCAGAGCCUCAACAGGACAUUGGUUCAAAGAGUGAGGAUAUUAAAGUGAAUAAGGGCUUCGCUUUCAUCGAUUUCUCGCAGCUGCAAUCGGCUCAGCAAUCACUGGAGCUGAAUGGAAAGGAGUUCGAAGGGACUACGAUUGAGGUAACAAUCGCAGAUAAGAAGGCUUUUCUUGAAAGAAAGGCCAUAAAGCGUCUUUUUGCAAAAAAUGGUGCGAUGGAAAAUGUCUUAAGUUUAUAUCCUCUUGAUGAUAGGACCUCCAUCACGCAACUACAAAAUUUCAUUGUUGAUCAAUCCAAAGUCAAAAAAACUGACAUCAAGGAGAUUUAUUUGGCAUAUGACCAUCACGGUGCGCUGGUUGUCACCAAAGAUGCCUCUUCUGCAGCCCGGAUCAGGCUAGGUGUCUCUGGCGCUAAGUUUGGUAAAAGGAUAAUACGAUGCGGAAGUGCCAAAGAAUUGCAAGGUCAUAAACCAGCUGCCGCUUCCGCUUCAACCGGCAGCUCUAAAAUUUUGGAAGAGAGUCAAAGAGAUGAAUCGGUACACGAUCGGUCAAUUGAUGCUCCGACUAAGAAAAUGACGAAUGACGAUUUCAGAAAGAUGUUUUUGGGAGUCUAA